AUGUCCAGUCACACUGUGAACGCAACAAAGACAAUUGAGGUACAAAUACUGAAUGGGACCGACAGAGAUGAAUACAUCGCCACAGUCUUGAGCUACGUUUCCAUUCCAGUUGUGAUCUUGGGACUACUUGGCAACGGGGCUGUUUUCCAGAUACUCUGCUGCAGGGUAAAAAGGAUGAAUUAUACUGUGUAUGUACUGAACCUGGCCAUAGCUGAUUUUACGGUACUCUUCUGUAACGUUGCAUUUACUUUUUUAAGUUUAAUGAUAUGGAGCACAUUUGCUUUUGAUAUAUUCCUCUAUGUUGUACUUGAUCUCCUGUGGUUUUUUGGGUACAACAGCAGUUUUUUGUUGUUGACAGCCAUUAGUGUUGAGAGGUGUCUUGGUGUUUUCUACCCUUUCUGGUAUCAUUCUAAUCGUCCAAAGCAUCUCUCGGCUAUACUCUGUACUCUUCUAUGGGUCAUCUCCUGCUUGGUGACUUUAGUAGAAUAUUUCACCUGCUGGUCAGAAUUUGUCAAUUACAAAAGACAGUGUUACACAAAGUAUAGAGCUGCCAGUAUAUUCCUUGUCACCAUUUCCCUGAUUUUUACUCCAGUCAUGGUCCUUUGCAGUGUGAUCACAUUUGCCAAAGUACAGAGAAAUUCACGGCCAUCAUCUUCAGCCCGCUUGUACCUCACCAUUGUUGUCACCAUAGUGCUGUUCCUCAUCUUGGCUUUGCCAGGCAGAUUAGCCUUCCUGAUAGGGUACUGGCAUCCAGAAGCGAAAUUAAUAUGGAAUGUCAUCGAGGUUUCUUUUUUCCUCAACAUUGUCAACAGCACCCUCAAUCCUUUUGUUUACUUUUUUGUUGGAAGGAAGAAAAAACCCAGAUUCCAGGAGCCCCUCACUGUGGUGUUUCACAGAUCCUGGAAUGAUGUGCCGCAAGAUCCCAAAAACACCCCAGAAGAGGCCUGGAAAUAUUUGGGUCUCAAUACUGUUGGAAAUCCCAGCGUUUCACUGGGGAGAGGCUUACAGAUAAAUGUCUGA